AUGGUGUGCUGGGAGCACCUGGCAGAGGCCCUGGUCCACGAGAUCUUCAACUUCCACCUCCAGCAGAGCAUCAACAGGAUUUUGAGGGGGACUGGGGACAUUGAGUCCGAAUCGACCAUUUUCAGCACCUCCAUAGUCAAUCAGGCAGUUAAGCAACAAAUUAGUGGCAGGGCCCCUGGGGUGGAUGAGUUCCUGAAGGCUCUGGAUGUUACUUCCCUCCACAACAGAACUAGCAGGGGUGCCAUUACAUUAUUUGGUGGAGGGAGGAAAAAUCUGAGUUUGAGGCCUUCUUUGGGGGAAGUUCCAUCAGUGGAGGGCAAGAGGAGAUGGCGGAGGCAGGGUAGGUUGGGAACUCACCGGAUUAAAAGAGGAUGGGUGUGGAACCAGUUCUUUGUCCUGGAGGAGUACAUGGGAUCUGAACCUCAGUAUGUUGGAAAGCUCCACACAGAGAUGGACCGGGGAGAUAAUGCAGUGAAAUAUACACUCUCAGGAGAGGGAGUGGGGUCUGUCUUCACCAUUGACCAAAAGACAGGAGAUAUACAUGCACAGGUGGUGCUUGACAGGGAGAAAAAAACGUACUAUACGCUGAAGGCCCAGGCUGUUGACGUUCAUACAGGCGUCCCUCUUGAGCCAGAGUCUGAGUUUAUCAUCAAGGUGCAGGAUAUUAAUGACAAUGAACCUCAGUUCCCAGAUGGACCCUACAGCGCCAGCGUCCCAGAGAUGUCCCCAACAGGAACCUACGUGACGCAGGUGACUGCCACAGAUGCAGAUGACCCCACGUAUGGCAACAGUGCUCGCAUUGUCUACAGCAUCCUUCACGGCCAGCCCUACUUCUCUGUGGACCCCAAAACAGGUAUAAUUCGGACAGCUCUGGCCAACAUGGACCGUGAGGGGAAAGAGGAAUACCAGGUUCUUCUCCAGGCCAAGGACAUGGGUGGUCAACUGGGGGGACUGGCCUCCACCACCAUCAUCAAUAUCACCCUGACUGAUGUCAAUGACAACCCUCCGCGCUUCACUAAGAGUAUUUUUCAUCUUCAUGUACCAGAAUCAGCAUCAUUGGGUGCAGCUGUGGGACGAAUUCAAGCCCAGGAUUUGGAUGUAGGCAGCAAUGCACGGGUGGAGUAUGCCAUUGUUCCAGGAGAUGAGGGCAACAUGUUUGACAUCAUCUGUAAUGGUCAAAGUCAAGAAGGGAUCGUUGUUCUGAAAAAGACUCUUGACUAUGAAACCCAAGCGUCCUAUACUUUCCAGGUGGAAGCAUUUAAUGCAGAGCUAGAUCCCCGUUUCCUCCAUCUGGGGCCCUUCAAGGACUCUGUGACAGUCAAAAUUAACGUACUGGAUGUGGACGAGCCUCCUGUCUUCACCACGCCUUACUAUUCUUUGGAUGUGUACGAGGACACUCCCCCAGGAACCAUCAUUGGCUCAGUGACCGCUUACGACCUGGAUGCUAGUAGCAGUGCUGUCAGGUAUUCUCUGGAGUGGCAGACGGGCUCUGACGGCUUUUUUGACAUUGAGACGGUGGAAGGAAUCAUAUCCACUAAUGAAUACUUGGACAGAGAGACAGCUGUUCAGCACAAUAUCACUGUGGUGGCAACUAAACUUAAUAAUCCUUCGCUGUCUGCAGAAGUGUUAGUGAAGGUCAACGUCCUGGAUGUGAAUGAGUUCCCUCCUCAGCUCACUGCUCCUUCAGAUACAUUCGUCUGUGAGAACUCCAGAGCUGGACAGGUGAUCCAGACAGUUGGCGCUGUGGACGAGGACCAUCCCCCUGUAGGCCAGAGGUUCUUCUUCAAGUCCUCCAAGGAGCUCCGACACAGAAACUUUACUGUUAGAGAUUAUGGAAACAACACUGCUGGGAUUGUGACUCGACAUUCAGCUUUCCAGCGGCGGCUGCAGGAUGUCUACAUCCUUCCUGUUGUAGUUGAGGACAGCGGUUACCCCGCUCAGAGCAGCACAGCUACCCUGACCAUCAGAGUGUGUUCCUGUGAGACUGUGGGCUCACCUCUGACCUGCUCACCGGUGGCCAUGUUCCUGCUCGCUGAGCUCAGUGCUCAAGCUCUGUUGGCUAUUCUUCUGAGCAUUGCUCUGCUGAUUGGUAUGUCAGUGUUAUAUAUGAGUCAGAGGCCCCAGAAAGUGAAAGACACGCUGAUGAGAUCAAAAGAAGACAUCCGUGAUAACGUCAUCCACUAUGACGACGAGGGAGGUGGCGAGGCUGACACUGACGCGUUUCACAUGGGCACCUUGUGCAAAACGGACCACAGCAGCAUCUCCGACAAGAAGAAAAACGGCUAUGGCGACGGCAUUCUGAUGCAUCUCAGCACCCACUGCGACAAUGUCAGGUCACCUGACAUCCAUCUGCAAACAGCCAGCUUCAUCGCCACCAGGAACAAGCCUCCACUCUUCAGGGCGACCCAAGGCGAUGCUGAGUUGAUCAGAGAGGUCAUUGAACACCGACUGAAGGAGAGCCAGCAGGGGUACGCGGCCCUACCUGGUGACAAGGGGGAUGGCUCCGAGGCGCGUUCGCUCUCAUCCAUAGACGACUCUUUUGUACUUGACAGUUUAGGGGAUUUUAGCUUGCUUGGCGACUGGGGACAGCCUUUUAAAACACUGGCUAGCAUCCUUGACAAAAAGCCACCGUCUGUCUUUAACGAGAGCUGA